AUGAAACCUGCCACUACCUUCGCGACAAUCAUGGCGGUAGGUGCUUUCAUUGCAGCAGAGAGUGCACCAAAUGCACCUGCACUUCGUGGCCUGCGUAUGAACGCAGAUAUACUCACGGUCAAAGAAAAUACCGAGGAAAGCAUGAAGGGCCACCACCACCAUGUCAAGAAAGUCAAGAAAGUCAAGAAAAAUCGCUAUUCCCGUGCCUGUGGAGGUGCCGCAUUUCAUUCCUGUUCCCGUCAGCAUCCCGUCCACAGUGGUAGCUGGCUCCAACACUGCCGGACUAACGUGGCACUGGGAUCUGCAGCUGUCACGCCAGCUCCGACGACUGCAAAUGGACGUCCAGUGGCAACCCCUGCACCUACGGUAACCCGAGGAUCAAGGGCCACGCCGGCACCAACGAACGUUUCCAGUGCAGAUCCAUCUCCAGCACAACAGCCAGGAGCUGCCGCAGCCAUUCCUCAGUCUGGUGACGCAGGCAUAGCCGGGGUCCCAUCGACAGCAAGCUUCGGAAAUGCCAACAACCCAGUUGGAGCUGGACUGGGUGCCUCAGGUGCUUCUGGCGGAUUCCCUACAAACACCGGCGGGUUUGGUGGAAAUCCUACGGGCACCAUCGGUGGCGGCUUCGGUGGUGGCAAUCAGAUGCCUGGUUUCGGUGGUGGUAUGUUUGGUGGAGCUGGUGCUGGCAUGGGCGGCUUCAACGGAAAUGGUGUGAACGGCUUCAAUGGGAAUGGUGCGGGCGGCUUCGGGCAACAGACGCGAUUCGGCGCGCAAGGUGGGAACGCGUUUGGUGGAAUUGGUGGGCAGGGUGCAAGGGGGAACUUCGGUCCGACUGGCAACAACGGAUUCACCGGUGGCCAGCCUGGGUUUGGAGGUGCCGCACCGGCUGGUGGCAAUGCGUUUGGUAGUGGAGGUUUUAAUCGUCGCGAGCGUCAGCGUCGUCGUUGA